GCGCAGCAGGCACUGCAAAGCGCAGCAGGCUGUCACCUCCCCUCCGUCGAGCUGUCAGUGACAGCAGCACACAUGAAGCUCAAUGCUGCUGCAGACGGAGAGUUGACCACCCGUUGAUUUUACGUCUAAAUAACCGCUCCUCGGCGUUUUAAUUCAAACGGGUCAAAGACAUGACAGGAUACACCCCUGUCAUCUCUACGGUGUGACACGGGGCGCGUGGGAGGAGGGCUGAGCUGCUGCUAUCUAACGUUAACAGUUAGCUUGCAGGCUAACGGUAGCUCGCUGGUGAACGGAGUCCGGUUGUGUUUAGUGCCGUCAGUUGGCUAGCGUUACAUAGCUGGCUCGCUAGCGAAGGUCGGAUGAGCUAACGCUAGCUGGAAGUCAAGAGCGUUCAGUUAGUCAUUCAGCAUCAUUGAUGUGUCAUUUUGACAAUUUGCUUUAAGGCUGCGUAAUAAUUAGUGUUUUUAUUUGUCACGGAGCAUCUAAUUUCCCCUGUUUAAUACGUGUGUUAAUUGUUACUGAAUUUAUCGUUGAUGUUUGCUAGCUAGCUACUCGGCUAUGCUAACGCCAGCUCAGUGAGAUCUCGCAUCACAGGGGACUAGCUAGUGAAGGAAGGAAGAGAGGUGACUUAUGAUGCGGGCUGAGGGAAGCGGUGGACUGUCGGGCGAAGGAGAGCAGCAGUAUUAGCUUAAACACGUCGUAUUUUAUCAAACUACAUCUUGCCGAGGUAGGGCCAUAUCGUCAAUCAAUCUCUGUGAGACGUUGGAUGAAGAAAGUAAUUUAGGCACUUUGAUUUGCGUGCUGGCUAAAUGAAUAGUAUUUGUGUAACUGAGUCGUGAGCUAGUGGCCACUGUGCCAGCUUCAAAGGGAAGACACUCAGUCAAGAUUAUCUCACAGACUGCAAUAACCAGCCAGUUUGCUUAAAGAUGGCUUCGGCGAGCAGUAUUGCCGCAGCUAUUGCGAGCAAAACGAAGACCAAGAAAAAACACUUCGUCGCUCAGAAAGUGAAGCUCUUCCGUGCCAGCGACCCGCUGCUCAGCGUGCUUAUGUGGGGAGUCAACCAUUCGAUAAAUGAGUUGAGCCACGUUCAGAUUCCCAUCAUGCUCAUGCCUGAUGACUUCAAGGCCUACUCUAAGAUCAAAGUGGACAACCACCUCUUCAACAAGGAGAACAUGCCCAGCCAUUUCAAGUUCAAGGAGUACUGCCCUCUGGUGUUUCGAAACCUCAGAGAGAGGUUUGGCAUCGACGAUCAGGACUUCUUGAACUCUCUGACACGCAGCGCUCCCUUGAACAGUGACGCCCAGGGACGGAGCGGGGCCCGCUUCCAUACCUCUUAUGACAAACGCUACGUCGUCAAGACCAUCACCAGCGAGGAUGUGGCAGAGAUGCAUAACAUUCUGAAGAAAUAUCAUCAGUUCAUCGUGGAGUGCCAUGGCAACACGCUGCUGCCUCAGUUUCUGGGGAUUUACCGGCUGACCGUGGAUGGAGAUGAGACCUACAUGAUUGUUACGCGCAAUGUCUUCUCUCACAGACUUUCCGUCUUCAAAAAAUAUGAUCUGAAGGGUUCCACUGUGGCAAGAGAGGCCAGCGAUAAGGAGAAGCAGCCGCCCCAACCAGAGGAUGUGCCCCCGCGGCCCAAAUCUGGUAACGUUCAGCAAAGGCUGCAAACACUGCGGAUUGCCACGCGCUUUUACUGCGCCAUGAAACACGUAAGAGAUGCCAAGGAGCUGCCCACCUACAAGGACAAUGACUUCAUCAAUGACGGGCAGAAGAUCCACAUUGACGGGGAGAACAAGAAAAUGUUCCUGGAGAAGCUUCGGAAAGAUGUGGAGUUCCUGGCCCAGCUGAAGCUCAUGGACUACAGUCUGCUGGUGGGGAUCCACGAUGUGGACCGAGCCGAGCAAGAAGAUGUGGAGAGCGAGGACAACGAUGCAGAGGAUGAGGGCGAGAGUGACGGAGGGGGUGUUGGAACGCCCCCCGACAGUCCCAGCAACACUCUGGACAGCAACAAGCCUCUGUCACCUGGAGAGUUUGAUCCCGCCAUCGACGUCUACGCCAUCAAAAGCAAUGAUGGUGCUCCCAGGAAGGAGGUUUACUUCAUGGCUAUCAUAGACAUCCUGCAGCAUUACGAUGCCAAGAAGAAAGCUGCUCACGCCGCCAAAACUGUCAAACACGGGGCCGGAGCGGAGAUCUCCACGGUGAACCCAGAGCAGUACUCCAAGAGGUUUCACGAUUUCAUCACCACUAUCCUGUCAUAGCCUCCAGGAGUGACAGGGGGCACAGAGGCACAUGGGAAAGGGAGGGCAAGUGGGGAAAAGGGCGAGGAAGAGAGGUGACGGAGAGAAAACCCAUCGAGAGGCUGAAUUAAUAAGGUGCUGUGAUGGCUUUGUAUCACUCUCCCUCUCCUCAUCCCUCCCUGUUUGUCUCUCUCUCCUUCAGUGGCGUGCCACGCUCUGCAGCUAUAAAAAGAAACCAUUAUUCGUUUACAUUUAACCUCUCCUCUGUUGACUUUUGUUUAUGUGUUACUUUGGAUGAUAAGGGUGUUGAAAGCAAGCGUCCAAGUCAUUACGUUUAUUUUAUUUUUAUAUCAUUUGUUUUUGUCUGUAUGGUUGUGUUUGUGGGAAUAUGGCUUUUUUUUUAUUGCCUCUAAUACAACAUCCAGCACCCUGCUUUUUUAUUUUAUUUUGAUGUUUGUGAUUGUCUUCCCCUUAUGAUGUGUAGGGGGAGGUAGGGGAGGGUAUGAUGUGUAUAGUGUGAGUGCAGAGGUCAGAUUACAGCACAAGGUGAGGUCCCUCUUGCAAAGGGAAGGCUUACGGGAUGUAACGAGGAAGUUCAUGUUGAGCCUCUCCUAAUGCAGUCUUCCAAUAGGCCAACAGAUGCACCCCCACCCACCCAAAUGCUACAAAAAUACUCAGCCAAACAAAUCUUCCCAUUUGAGUUCCUCCUGCGUCACACCCCAUCCCCACCCGCCCCUUCGUGUACAGCUAAUGACUUCUGGGUUAUCUCCUUGCCACACACUUACCUCUCAGUCGCUGAGAUGAGUUCACUAGUUGUCCCCAACACUUUGUUGUGAUGCACAGUGACGAAGGAUGAUUAAGGGAAGGACCUUAUGAUGAGGAGAGGAGGGAUUGGAGCACACAGUACGUGUUGUUUACUUGCAUUCCCUCUGAAUAUGUUGGGCAUUGUUUUCUGUUCCCGUGGCAGCGGAUGACCCAGAAGUCCUGUGUGACUUUAGUGAUUCAGAGUCACUCCGUGUUAUAGCUUCAUAUAGGGUGUCAGAUUGAAACAUCAACAGCCCUUAACUUUCUGUUGCCAUCAGCACCUUAUGAGUAAAUCAAAAAUGUUGCACUUUUAUUUGUUAUUAGAGGUUAGGAGCUCUUGUUCUGUUACAUGCGCUGCAACAAAGGAAAGGGAACUCUGCUCUCUUAGAAAUCUUUAGGGGCCUGAUCUUAAAUCCCGUCUCCUCCACAUUUUCUCGGGUGCUUCUUACUGCAGGGAUUGGUUGAGAAGACUUUACUGCAAUACGGGAAGUUCUGUUUACAGGGCUUUUGUAAACUUGCCUUUCCAAUCCUUUUUAAAAGCGCCCGGUGGUGUCGUGGUGGAGGGUUUUGGGAGCAGGGCAGGCAGCAGACCGUUUACCUCCAGCAUCGUACCAGCACACACUCAAUGAUGGCGAGUGUUGUGUGUGUGUGUGUCAGUGUUCAAAAGUUAUAAAGGGAGAGAAAGGGGGGGGGGGGGGGGGGGGGGGAGUAGCUGCAGAGGUAAAGAGACGCGUUGUUAUGUAAUCAACACCAGCAGCAUCGUUCUCUUCCCUAACCUCGGCUGGUAUUCAUCGUUGUUCGUGUUGUUGUUGACAGUUUUAAAGGUGGUUUAUCUGUGUUUGAAUUUGGCGGUUUUAUGAAUUGAUAAUACAUUCUUUUUUUUCUGUUUGAGGUUUUUUGUAUAUUUUGCACAAGAGGAAAGGAACCAAAUGUUAUGAAUACGAUCCCAAUUAGUUGAUACGGUCUUAACAAGGGAAAUGCAAUAUACUUGUGUGUAAGUGAAAAAGUUGUUGUGCGUGUGACGUUGUGUAUCACUUCUGGAUAACCAACUAAAACAAGUAAAGUCGUCCUCUUUGACUAUUGUAACCCAUGCAAAAAGCUUCCAUCACAAUAUGUUUGUUUAGAUAUCAUAGAAUAUAUUCACAUUUAUAUUUUUACAUUGGAUUUUAGUCAUGAAAUAUAGUUGUAUUUAAAAAAGAAAAGAAAAAAAGAAAGGAGCCACCCGUGGGAAUGAAUGAUGGUGCUGUGGUAAAUGAAGAAAUGAUGCUGCUUGAAUUUACAAAAUAUUCACUAUAGAUGUACAAAAAAAAAAAGAAAAAGUCAUAAAAAAAAUUGCAUGUCACAGGACUAAGUUUCCUUCCCUCUCGUCUGUGUUGUUGGCUGUUCAGGUUCUCUUCGUGUCCCUACACUUUACCCAGAUUUGUGAGCUGUUCAGCGUAAAAUAGUCCCUACCAUGCUUUAAAUAACUGUUUUUCAUUGUAUACACUGUGCAAGAUGUGUGCCUUUAUACUCCAAAAUUAUUUAAUUUUAUAUUUUGUAAUCUUUUUUUAAAACAAAGGUUAUUUUAAUAUUAGGGUGUUUACUUUGACAUACAUUAUUUCCAACUUUAUUUUCACCCCUCCUGCUCAUUCUUCUUCCACUCCAGCACCUCUGUAUUUAGAUUUGUUAAUAUUAUUCAGUCAGUUAAACAAAACCAUUCUAAUGAUUGUGUUUUAACCGGACGUGAAUAGCUGUCUUAAAUUUGAAUAUGGUGGAUCGGUUUUGAUUCUGUAAAUUCAAACCUAUCAUUGUGAUUAUUCAGUGUACAGGCGUCCCUCUCCUGAGGUCUGCUGAUAUUAAUCCCUUGUUUGCUCACGCUGGUCCUGCCUUUAUAAAGAACGUGUGUGUGUGUGUGUGUGUGUGUGUGUGUGUGUGUGUGUGGAAUGUGAUUGUGUUUUGUUGUGCUCCUCCUCGCUAACUGACGGCUGCCCCCAACUCAGGAGUCUGUCAGCAUCUCCAUCACGUUUACCUUCUUAACCACAGAUUUCAGGAAUGUGAUUUUGUUUUUUGUUUUUUUUACGUGUUUGUCCAAAAUUUCACUUCUCGUCGUUGAUGUAAAACUCCUUCUCAUUUCUGAAACAGGUUUAUGUUCUCUUGUUUUGUGUAACCCAGAUCACCUGCUUGUUAUCAGGGAGGUCACCAGCUGAUAGUUCCUCCUGAGUCAGUGGUUAAUUGAUAUUUCAGUGUUCUUUCACUAUUAAUGGGCUGUUUUGUUUCUAUUGUCACGUAGCUCAUACUGUACAUAAGUUGUGUCAUAAAGAAAACAGGGAAUGAGGGAACACACUCUUCUCAUCUGCUUUGCUCUGUUCGAGGCUACCCUGUAGUCAGACAUAAGCAAGUAGGAAACAGAGCAGUGCAUGCUGGGAGAGUGAGUUUCUUUUUCUGUUUCUGUUUUUGGGAAUAUUAACUCUGGAUCUCAUGUAAGGAAGGCGAUGAUGAUGCCAGACUUUAACAGAUGCAAAUUAAAGACGAUAAUAACACACACGCCCUGCUGCUGUACCUUGAAUUUAAGGCUUUUGUGACUUCUCUCACGAAUGAGCUCCUUCACCCAUUAACCCAACAGUGAUCCUGCUGCCACGUUAACUUGCCAAAAGCAUCUUUCAGCAGUCAGAACUCGCCACAUGAGCUUGAAGAACAUUGUGUAUAGUGUAAUGUGUCUGUUUGUUUGAACUGAAUUUGUUUUUUACAUGCACAGGGAGAUGGAGUGAGGUGUGCAUCACUGAUAUGUGAACAUGUCCAAAGUUAUGAGAAACAACCCCUGUGUUCAUGUGGUGUAUCAAGUGUUAAGGGAAAAUUUGAUUGCAAAUGAGCGGAGGCCAGGCAAUAUCUGCAGGGAUGGAAACAUUUCCUUUGGCCUUAGGAUAAAAAAAUAAUUUAAAAAAAGCUUUGUGGAGAAAAGAUCAUUUAGAAAGUGAAUCCUAUGAAUGUGCAUGCACAAGUCAAGUCAACACACGGCCAGGAAACAUGCCCUCCUGCAGUUGAGCUUUGGUCUCACAAAAGUCCCAAGUACUUUUAGACUACAUCUAAAAGACUUACGCAUUAGUGUAUGCACGUGUGUAUGUGUGAGUGUGUGUUUUUUGCUGUCUGACAAUGGUUGGUGAGAGUUCCCUUUCAGUGGCAGAGAGGCCAAAAUUAUGAUGUAUGUUUAUUGUUCUUCACAUUUAAUGAUGAUGAUGAUAAUACACUCCAUCCCAUAAGCUUCACUCAAACCAAUUAAAGCACUUGUUCUGCUUAACUCAA